AUGAAGCGCUUCUUCCAGCCCGUACUCAAGGACGGAUCCCCCGCCAAGAAGAGGCCCGCCGGAGCCGCGAUCUCUGACUGCGUUGAUGGCCGCGCCCCCACCGCGGCCGACGCCGGCGGGGACGGCCCUCCCGGCGAGGAGCCACGCAGGUUCAUCACGUGGAACGCCAACAGCCUUCUGCUCCGGAUGAAGAGCGACUGGCCCGCGUUCUGUCAGUUCGUCGCCCGCCUCGACCCCGACGUCAUCUGCGUCCAGGAAGUGCGGAUGCCAGCAGCUGGUUCCAAAGGGGCACCUAAAAAUCCUAGUGAGCUAAAAGACGACACAACGUCGUCACGCGAAGAAAAACAGACAGUGCUGCGUGCUUUGUCGAGCUCACCUUUCAAAGACUACCGUGUGUGGUGGUCCCUUUCAGAUUCAAAAUAUGCAGGCACAGCUGUGUUUAUGAAGAAGAAGUUUGAACCAAAGAAAGUGUCAUUCAACUUGGAUAGAACAUCUACUAAGCAUGAUGCAGACGGUCGUGUCAUCAUUGUGGAAUUUGAAUCAUUCUUGUUGCUAAACACAUAUGCUCCAAACAACGGGUGGAAAGAGGAGGAAAAUUCAUUUCAAAGAAGAAGAAAGUGGGAUAAAAGAAUGUCGGAGUUUGUUCAACAAGUAGACAAGCCCUUAAUCUGGUGCGGAGACCUGAACGUUAGUCAUGACGAAAUCGAUGUCAGCCAUCCUGAUUUUUUUAGCGAUGCUAAGCUCAAUGGAUAUAUCCCUCCAAAUAAAGAGGACUGUGGACAGCCAGGAUUCACCCUUGCAGAGAGACAGCGCUUUGGCAAUAUAUUGUCCCAGGGAAAGCUGGUAGAUGCUUACAGAUACCUGCACAAAGAAAAAGACAUGGAGUGUGGCUUCUCUUGGUCUGGGAAUCCAGUUGGGAAGUACCGAGGAAAGAGAAUGCGGAUUGACUAUUUUGUUAUUUCAGAAGGGUUGAAAGACAGAAUUGUUUCAUGUGAAAUGCAUGGUCAUGGAAUUGAACUGGAAGGAUUUUAUGGAAGUGAUCACUGUCCUGUUUCACUUGUGCUCUCCAAAGAAGCAGCGGAAGCACCAGAAUCGAAGAGCUCCAGCUAA